CUUUGUUUACAUCACGAAUCUACGACGAAAAUCCAAAAAUCGCAAAUUAACUCCGUUCCCCCGACAUUUCAGGAGAUUUUUUAGGGAAUUUUUCGUGCAAAAAAAGUGUCAGAAUGAGUUUCUUCGGGAAAUUAUUCGCGGGAGGCAAGAAAGGCGAGCCUGCUCCAACUCCGAGCGAAGCAAUCCAAAAAUUACGAGACAUCGAAAAUAUGUUGACAAAAAAACAGGAAUUUCUCGAGAAAAAGAUCGAUGUAGAGUUGGAGACGGCAAAGAAACACGGGCAAAAGAACAAAAGAGCUGCGUUACAGGCAUUAAAGCGAAAAAAGCGCUACGAGAAGCAAUUACAGAACAUCGAUGGCACGCUGUCGACGAUCGAGAUGCAACGCGAGGCCCUCGAGAACGCCAACACGAACACUGCCGUCCUGCAAACGAUGAAGAAUGCCUCGGACGCGUUGAAGGCGGCUCACAAAGACAUGAAUAUCGACGAUGUGCAAGACAUGAUGGACGACAUUGCCGAACAAAAUGAGAUUGCAAACGAAAUUUCGAAUGCCGUCUCGAACGCUGUGGGCUUCAAUCAAGACAUCGACGAGGAUGAGCUCGAACGGGAGCUCGAGGAACUCGAACAAGAGGAAUUAGACAAAGAUUUGUUGGAGAUUCCGGCAGCAGCGAAUUUGCCUGAUGUGCCUGUGGCUGAGCCAUCCGGUGCCGAGAAGGCGAAAGAGAAGAAAAAAGCAGUUGCUGCUGACGUGGAUGACGACAAAGAAAUGGCUCAACUUCUUAAAUGGGCCGAAUAAUUUUGUUUCGUUUUCCUCGUUUUUCGCCCGUGAAUGUCAUUUAUACUAACACGCAAGUGUGGCACGCUAAAUAAAGUAGUUGUCGUUCACACACAAAAAAAAAA